GUUGAGAAAUCGAGAAAGUGUAAUCUUUUUGUUGAGAUAAGGUUUCGUUUAUUUUUGUUUUUUUCCAGACUCUUUGUAAAUGUAUUCUUAUUCUAUUUCUAGCUACAGUUUAAUGCAAGAAUAGUUCAACUUGACAAUGGCAUUGACAACUACUGAAUUGUUGCGUAAAAUGAAAUCAAUCACUUUCCGCACACAUCUAACAUUUAUUAUGAUAUUCGAUAUGACAUUUAAGUGCUUAGUCUUUAUCCCUCGCGAAAUGCAAGCGAGUCCAAGACAUUUAGUGACUGAGUGUCCAGCAGAAAGGUGACAGAGAGAUCAGAGGUGGCGGUGUUAAUAAACAGGUUUCCUCUACACCUAAGAGGCGUUUUCCUUCUCCAAACACUAUUGCUUUAAUGUUGUCAUAUAUUUUUCCACUAAGCUCGCACUCCGAGCGUGCCUUUGGGGAAAGAUGCUAACAAAAUAAGUUGGAACACCUGUUUUGGAAAAGAAAUUCAUUGCAGCUAAAAUCCUGCCUUCCCAGUCGUUUAUUCACUCACAAUAACAUUUGCUUGCGACAUGGAAACUGAGUGAACAACACGCCUUUCCUUUUGUCCUCGUUCAAGGAAAAGAAAAGGGCUUGUUGCUGUGUGAGUGAAUCCUAUUCUAAACUUGAAAGAAAGUUUUUUUUUUUUUUUUUAAGUUAUGAAUAAAAAUAAAAACACAUAAUCCAGUCAAUGCUUGUACGUACUGAAGAAGGAAUACUGUCGGGAAAAAAAAAUACUCACCAUCAGGUAAAAAUCUCGAGGGAUGCACGUUAUUAAAAAUAUGUAACAUAGUGAAAUCGUUAAUAUAGAUAAUAACAUGUGAAUAAUAAUCGAAAAUAAUAUUAAUGCAAAUAAUAAUUUAUAUAAUAAUAGUAAUACAAAGUUUUGUUUUGAAUGCAUUUGCAGAUAGCUUUUCUAACCCAAAUUUGCUAAAGAAUUUUGAUCAACACGUACAGUAAAUAAUCUCAUUAAUAGGUCAAACAGCUGCGCUGCUGUCAUUUGCUCUGACAGCCCAAACAUGCUUUGGAAUGAAUGAGACCACUGAAAUGUGCUUUGGAGGAUUUUUCAAUAGCGGAUUUUUUUUUAGGAUAGCUUACCACAAUUAAUUACGUCUUGUAUCAUAUGAACUGCUUGAUUUAUUUUACAUGUAGGCUGGCAUAAUAUAAUUUGUUUUGUAUCAAUAAAGAUGUUUUAAUCAUUACUCACGACACUGUGCAGGGUCACUUCACAUUUCGUUCAAACGAGCUGUCACAGAACACAAUGAAGUGGCUUUAAACCACAAAAAAGAAGAGGGGGGAAACUUUUACAUUUACUGAGGAAAACCAGUAAUGUGCUGCGUUCUGAAUACACUUUUUAAUUUCAACAAAGAGCAGGAACAGCGACUACAGAAAAGUAGGUUAAGGCUUUGAGAAAUCUGCUUACAUGCACCUGAUAGGAUGGUGAGAAAUCAACAUUUGAUUGGCUAAUGGCUCUCUAAAUAAUGUGUCCAAAUAAUCCUAUGGUUUUUUCUUCCAUAAAGCAGAACUUUAUUUUAGCGUGUUAAUUCAAAUCUAUGAGCAUUUACAGCUGUAAAUGCAAGUUAAUUGGUAAUGUUCACAUGUGCUGCACAGCAACAGUCUGUGUAAAUUUUCUGUGCGUAAAUCAAACUUAGGAUAGACAAUAGACUACUGUUCUCUUCUAUUACAGAUACUGUUUUACAUCAGUCAAAUGUUCAUUAAGAUAGGGACCGAUUAUAAAAUAAAGGUUAUUUAUAUAUGCUUGCCUUUGUCAUAAAAGCACACAUGAUGGAUACAUGCCUUAUUUUACAAUAAGAGCUUCCCAUGCGUUUUUGAGAUAAUCUUAAGGUUUUAUCCUAGUAGAACGAAGUCUAUUUAACAGUAUUCAGAUAACAAUAAGAAUAUGUCAAAGCUUCAGCAUAUUCUUCAUCUGUUGACUGUGGAGGCUAGGAGGAGGGAUCUAAAGUAAGAGCAAGGUCUUAAGUAGAAAGAAGCCCAUUGCUCAAAGACAACCUUGGCAAGCGAAACUAUUUUCACGAACCCAAGGCACGCACGAGGUCGAGGCUGCGGUCACUUCUCGGGGCCUGCAUACCACAUUUCAUGAAUGUUGUUCCCAGGGUUCUCGAGCUGUGCCCAGCUGACAGGCUUUCAAAGAUGGCACAAUAACAGUUCCAGUGAUGCCUGACCAUGACAGCACAUCCCUCUUAAGCAGACAAACCAAGAGACGAAGAGUUGACAUAGGAGUGAAGAGGACUGUUGGGCAAGCAUCUGUGGUUUUCACCCGAGGAAAAGCAACCUUUCUUAGUGCCAUGAAUCCCCACGGUUCCGAGCAGGAUGUUGAGUGUUCUGUGGUGCAACACGCAGACGGCGAAAAGUCCAAUGUGCUUCGCAAGCUGUUGAAGAGGGCGAACUCUUAUGAAGAUGCUAUGAUGCCCUUUCCGGGGGCGACCAUCAUCUCCCAGCUUCUGAAAAACAAUUUGACCAAAAAUGGAGGCAGUGAGCCUAAUUUCCAGGGAAGUGGCCUCUCGAGCACCGGUUCAGAGAUCCAGCAGGAGGAUGCUUGCAGCAAUUCCUCACGGGGCAGCCCUCAGGAGUGCCUUUCACCAUUCAACAGGCCCUCCAUGACCCAAUUUGAAAUGGAGAGGCUAACAGAUGAGCAUCUUAGGGCCAAACGAGCCCGGGUGGAGAACAUCAUCCGUGGGAUGAGCCAUUCUCCCAGCGUCACGCUCCGUGCAGGUGAUAAUGAGCGUGAGGGGGCAGCCCAGCCCCCGAGUCCUCGUGAGAACUACCGGGAAAACAAGCGCAAGCAGAAACUGCCACAGCAGCAGCAACAGAGUUUCCAGCAACUCGUCUCUGCGCGCAAAGAGCAGAAACACGAAGAACGCCGGCAACUGAAACUGCAGCUGGAGGACAUGCAGAAGCAGCUCCGGCAACUGCAAGAGAAGUUCUACCAGAUUUACGACAGCACUGACUCUGAGAACGACGAAGAUGGAAACAUCUCUGAAGAUAGCAUGCGUUCUGACAGAAUGGACAAUCGCGCCCAUGACUCUGUCCCAGAUCGCUCUGACAACGAGAUGUCUGAUGUGGAUCCGGGGCACUUCCUGGAUCGAGCAUGCGCACUUAUUCGGGAGCAGACCAUGGCGACAGAUGGGGACAAACCUAAGCGUGAUGGCUCACGAGGAAAGAACCAGGGACCAACCUCCAUGCAUGCAGAGGGCAAACAGCUAGCAGAGACGCUAAAACAAGAGCUCAAUACAGCAAUGUCUCAAGUAGUGGACACCGUGGUGAAGGUCUUUGCCAAGCCUCCACGCCCAGUUCCUCAGGUUUUCCCACCCCUGCAGAUGCCCCCUGAUCGUUUCGCAGUCAAUGGAGAAAACCCAAACUUCCAUACUGCCAACCAGCGCUUGCAAUGUUUCGGUGAUGUCAUCAUUCCUAAUCCCUUGGACACUUUUGCUAGCAUGCAGGUGCCCAACUCGAAUGACCAAACGGAGGCUCUGCCUUUGGUAGUGAGAAAAAACUCCUCAGAUCAGACUGGGUCUCUUCCCACACCUGGGGCUCACCACCAUCCCUCCCUGCACCCCUCACCCUUAUCUUCCACAAUGGGCUUUAGUCCCCCCUCUUUCCGCCAUCCUUUCCCCCUUCCUCUAAUGGGCUACCCUUUCCAGAGCCCCUUAGGUGCCCCAACAGGGCCUUACCCAGGAAAGGAUAGGUCUUCUCCUGAGUCUCUGGAUCUGUCCAGAGAGACCACCAGCCUACGGACCAAGAUGUCGUCCAACCACCUCAGCCACCAUCGUUCCAUCUCACCAACACACCCAGGGAAUGAAGGCUUGUCCUUGUCCCUAAUCAAGUCCGAGUGCGGAGACCUUCAGGACAUGUCUGACAUCUCUCCAUAUUCAGGAAGUACAAUCCAAGAGGGGCUUUCUCCGAACCAUCUGAAGAAGGCCAAGCUGAUGUUCUUCUACACACGCUACCCCAGCUCCAACAUGCUGAAGAUGUUCUUCUCAGACGUGAAGUUCAACCGCUGCAUCACAUCUCAGCUGAUCAAGUGGUUCAGCAACUUCCGUGAAUUCUACUACAUCCAGAUGGAGAAAUUCGCUCGGCAGUCCAUCAACGACGGCGUGACAGGGGUAGAAGAGCUGAGCGUGAGCCGGGACUGCGAGCUUUUCCGGGCUCUUAACAUGCACUACAACAAGGCCAAUGAUUUUGAGCAGGUUCCGGAGCGAUUCCUGGAAGUGGCACAGAUCACGUUACGGGAGUUUUUCAAUGCCAUUGUGGCAGGCAAAGAUGUUGAUCCUUCCUGGAAGAAGGCCAUUUACAAGGUCAUCUGCAAGCUGGACAGUGAGGUCCCAGAGAUUUUCAAAUCUCCCAAUUGUCUGCAGGAGCUUCUGCAUGAGUAGUGAUUUGAAAUGCUUACCAAGUAUCAUCCCUUCUUUUCCCGAAUCUUUACAAAGUAAGAGGUAGCAUUCCUAUUUUUAAGUCCCAGCUACUUUUGAAUGACUUAGCUGUUAAUCUUUUUUUGUGCUUCUUUUUGGGAAAGUCUAUAAAAUUAUUGAUUGUUUUGACUGUAUUCAAUCCUUACCCCCCUUUUCCUUGCCUUUAAAAUGGGCAUUACUAUGUUUACCACACAAUGGUUAACAAAUGGAACUGACACCCUGAUUUUCUCUCUUUUAUUGGUCAUUUUUUGUUGAGGGCUUUGUUUUAUCCCCGGAUGUUUGCAAUGUGUGAUGGUUUUACUAUUGCUGAAGAAGACUUGCAUUUGUAGCUUGUAUAGAUGUAAUUAUUAUUUAUGAUUAAUAUAAUUAUUACCAUUAAUGUUAUUAAUGCUUGCUGCAAAAAAAGGAAGAAAGGAAAAGAAAGGCAAACAAUUGACAUGUGGUAUUCUUGUUUCUCAUGGCAAUGCUACAGAAAAUAAAUUAUUCUUUGGACAAAAAAAUAAUAAUAAUAAAGAGGGGUAUACAUUUUCUAUGUGGGAAAUUCAUAUAUAUAUAAUAUAUAUAUAUAUAUUUGAUGUUAUUCUUGAAAGAAACAGCAUUAACUGUUUUUUGGUUUAGCCAUUCUUCUAUGUUGGCUAGGGUCCAAUGUUCUUGUGUUUUGUGUCCACAUUGAUAGCACUGGCUCUAGGGAGGGAGGCCUACUCGUAGGUUUUUUUUUUUUUUCCUUCACGGAGCAGCCUCUCCUGUAACUAAGCAACAUGGCCAUUUCAUACUGGGGCAAGCCAGUUCGGCACAAAAAAAAUGGACGCCUUCCCACUGAGAAACCAUUCUUGCUCAUAAAAAGCACACUGUCACAACUGCUCAUAUAAACACACACACACACACACACACACAGACCUCUCUCAUACAUACACGGUAAUUCACAAACACAAACACGUGCCGUACGGCAUCAAGACAAGAGAAUUGUUGUUGUUGUUGAUUUUCUCCACCUGCUAGCUGGGAACACCUCUAUAAUUGGACCGUAAAUUUGGUAGAUUAUCUCAAGUAUGGUUUACACAGGCUGAAAAGAAUUAUUUGAACAUUUGCGAAAGUAAAACUGUUUUUUUUUUUUUUUUUUCUUUCUACGUACUGGAUUGUACAUAGUUAUUUGUUAGAAAUGUACAGAUUUGCUUAAUAUUCACAAUCAUCUGAUUAUGCUAUGGCAGUGUACAGUUUAUCAGUAGUGAAACUUCAUGUUAGCGAGAGACUUUGUUUGAGUUCAAUUGUACAUUUUUAUGAAUCAUAUGAAGUUCUUUGAAUUGAAUUUUAGAAGCUAAGCCUGCUAAGAGAUCCACACAAAUGUAACCAAUUACAAUGAUUAGCCUACCCUAGAGGGGAAAAAAGCACAGUUUCUUAUCAAAACAGUGUCCACAAAAGAAAAGAGGGCCUUCAGACUCUUUGUGCAUCCCUUCCUAGUUCAUAAAUAAGAGUCGGCAGUAGAGGGCAAGGGCUGGACAUGUGAUCUGCUCUGGAAGCCUGUGCCGUUUGCAUUGGGCAAAUCCAGCUGAUGAAUUGAAACGCAGGCCGGCAAUUAUUGUCAGCACAAUGCCUUAAAAAACCUGCUGACUUCUAGAUUAAUGGGCACAAAAGAGCAUGAGGUGCUGUCAUUCUGUCGCCAGGGCUGGCAUCAUCCACAGCCCCCGGACAACGCACAAAACGCCAAGCUAUUCACUAUGCAUUGUAAAGAGAAGGAAAAACAAACCCAAAACAAAGUUAGGAGAUGUUUGGCCCCGUUCUAUUCUCAAGUCUCUUGCAAGGCUGUGCUGACAUACAUUCUUCUUUACAUGCAUUGUGAUAAAUAAACGACUCUUUCAAAUCGUAAGGAAUUCUGUUAUCACUAUUAAUUCAUUUAAAGGUGAUGCUUUGCAACUAAAAGUGAAGGUUGUGUCAAUUUGCGCAUAAAGUGGUGCUUAGUCGAGUUCAGCUAUACAAACAGGCAUUGUGUGUUUUACACACUUAAUGAAUCUGAUAAUUGCCUGUGCCUAAUGUUAAUUACACCAGCAAAUUAUUUCUCUUUUUUAUAUUUGUAUAACCUAAAAUGUAACAGAAAUGAUACAAUUUGACUACUAAAUCAAAAAAAAAAAAAUUGAACAAAAUAGCACAAAUUGAAACAGAGGGUUAUAUUUUCCUCGUUUUGAAACAAAAUGCCCUCAGUAAUAGGUUCUGGGUAAUGAACUACAUGCAAAGUCCAGGGAAACAAAUUUUUACAGCCCAUUUGAAGAAGAACAAGCAUGACGCUUAGUUCCACGUGAAUCUGAUGUACUUUAAGCCAUUUAACGUAGCACAGAGGCAAUACAUGUGCAUAAGUGUGUGUGCGUGCUUACCUGUGCAUGUGCGUGUUUGCAGGGAGUGUGUGAUAUACACGCAUGGUAGUACGUUAGUUUUAGUUCCCAUAAGAACUUCUGUUUAUUUUCUUUUAUCUAUUGUUUCUCUUUUUGAACUUUUAUUUGUAUUUAUCACUGUACUGCAUCUUUAAGACAAACCAGAGGGAGGUUAUGUUCAACAUCUCAACUCUUUUUUUUUUUUUCUUGCUAUUGUACUUUUAGAAGUGUUAUGAUGUUUUAAAUGUUUCGAGUGGCUCUCGGUCGACUAUUUUCUCCCCUUCAUCUCACCACCUCUUCAGGUUUGCCCAUCAAAGGUGUUCUCGAUCGGUCUGCAUUAAUUUGAUAUUGAAAUGAGAUGGACCUGUUUGCGUGGUUACACAGGGUCAUUUGUUGCUUUGUGUGGAAAAUCCUAAAUGUAGCCGUGUACAUUUCGCACUCCAUUAAGGACACUCUAUAGAAGAAGAAAAAACUCUCUGAAUAACCUUGAUUCAAAGUUUCAUCUCUCUUGUGAUACACUAUUGUGCAUUUACAUUUGACAUGAGAAUUUUUUAUUUGUUUUCAUGCAAUGGAAAAAAAAAACUGUCAUGUAGUGAUCUGUACAAAUCAAUUGCCAAACUCAGUUUGGGACUGUUUUUUAUUACAAAGAAAGAUGUUACAAAGAGAAAAGGAAGAAAGAAACUUUGUAUAUGACUAUAUUUCUGGGAAGGGGAACAAUUAUUUGUACUGAAUGCAAUGUGUUGUAUAAGACUCUUGACUCUUUGUAGAUUUGAUGCUGUAUUUAUGAGGUGUGUGCUCCCUGAAGGGUUUUAAACAUGAUUUCACUGGCUUCGACAUGUAUGUAAAUACAAACCGAAAAUGAGAAAACACUGCCUUUCUAUGAUUUAGCAAUAUGAUGUAAAUAGCAUUGUUAUGCUUUUUUUGUAUGAAAGAAUUCUUUGAUUCUAGUAUGGUAAUUCCAGCUGAAACUGUUACAAUUUUCUUUGAUAUGUUUUGAAGGAUACACAUACAUUGUUAACAGGAUAGCAUUGUGGAUUUUGUUGUCAAUUUGUCAUGCAGAAGUUUCAUAAUUUAUUGGUUUAAUUUAUCAUAAUUUAUUUGGUGAUGGUGUACAAUUUUUGGUAUUUCUGGGGAUGUAUUGUAAUAUUAUUUGGUAGACAGAGACAAUAUAAAUGCCCUCCUAAGCUCCUUAAUUCUGUAGAGACAUAAAGAGACACUUAUGUCCAGGUAGCCAUUGUAAUUUCAGACACUGUAGUCAUAAGAGACGCUUGAAAAAAAAAACCAAAAGGAAAGAAAAAAAAAAAAAAAAAAGAUGUACAACAAAACUUUUCUUCUAUCUUGUUUGGAAGGUGAAAAAAUUGUGUGUUUUGAAGUUUUUAUUUCUAAUCACUUAAUCAGACUUUUACCUUUGCUUUUUACCACCUACACAAUACAGUAGUCAAAGUGCCUCGUGUGCCUUCCAUCUCCUCGGAACUGAAUGUAUGUGCAGUAUAUAUGCAAGCUUGUGCAAAAUAAAAACUAAGUCCUAGA